UGUGAAACUAUCGAUAGUUGUGCAUUCGAUGACACCUCUAAUCACAAGACACCAAAAAAAAAAGCAAAAACAUAAUAAAUACAAGCAAUCUACCGCCGAAUUGCAGUUAUAUAUAAUAUAAGUAUAUAACUACAUAAUGUCGUGGGUUUCCGACUACAAGUACACCUGGGUGGAGCGGCUCGCCAUGAGGACGCUGCGCACCUGUGGCUAUAUUCCGCACCACGUCGCCUUCGUGAUGGACGGCAAUCGGCGGUUUGCCCGCUCCCAGCAAAUUGAUAAGAUCGAGGGCCACUCGCGCGGAUUCGAGAAGUUGGCGGAUUGCUUGCGCUGGUGCCUGGACAUCGGAGUCCGCGAGGUUACCACCUUUGCCUUCAGUAUUGAGAACUUUAAGCGGUCUAAUGAGGAGGUCGAGGGUCUGUUCAAUUUAGCCAGGGAGAAGUUUGCACGUCUGCUCGAGGAGACGGCACGGCUAAACGAACAUGGAAUUCGCAUCCGGAUCAUUGGGAACAUCGAACUACUGCCCCUGGAUCUGCAACGAUUGGUCGCCUCGGCCAUGUUGAGUACGGAGCGCAAUGACAAGCUCUUUCUUAACGUGGCCUUUGCCUACACGUCUCGAGAUGAAAUUACGCAGGCGGUGGAGACGGUUCUGCGGCACGGAAGCCAGGAUCUGGCCGCCGAAGACAUCAGCGAACGGCUGCUGGAGGAAUGCCUCUACACGCGACACUCACCGCCACCGGAUCUAGUGUUUCGCACCUCCGGCGAGACCCGGCUAAGCGACUUUAUGAUGUGGCAGCUAAGCACCUCUGUACUGUACUUCAGCAAUGUAUUGUGGCCGCAGAUAACCUUUUGGCACUUCUUGGCCAGCAUUUUGGCGUACCAGCGUGAUCGCUGGCAACUGGAAGACUUCCGGCGCGCGGAGCGAAUGCAAAGCUUUCAGUUAGCCAAAGCAAGCGACUUUUAUAGCGAGCGGGUGCAAAAGUUCCUGGCCACCAUUGACGAAGACCGGCGCAAACUGCUCGUGCGACUGGCUUCCAAUUGACUGCCUUAAAUCCCUCCGUUUUCUUCAUGUAGAUGUUUGUGAUACGAGUGGAAAAUAAAACCGUGUAAAUACCAUAUAUGUUACGUUCAGCUGCGAUGAACAUGCAGCCUAACUCACAAGGAUUUCACAUUUAAACAUGUGUUCCGUGCGAGAUUUCGUCAUUCAAAUGCACUUGUUUAAGACGUUCAACUGACUUGCGCCCGAAAUGUGCGCUUACUCAGAAUUUUUGCAAUGUUAAGUUUUAAAUAAGUAACCAUAAGUUAUUUGCCUUCUUAAAUUAUGAAAAUUAAUGACGGAUUGUUUAAAUUUUAAGGGAGUACUUGCGGUUUCUUUUUAUUUUUGAAAACAUAUAAGUUUUCUUUUUUGUUUUACAAUUAAAGCCAUAUCAAACAUUGAA